UGCCUGGGGCGGCUAAAAAGCCAGAGCCGGCCCUGCUUCCCACCCACUCUGUUCUUAACAGGUCCUCUGAAUACUGCACUAACACUGGGUCCAAUCCUGAACCGGGAGCAAAGCUUGAGUGACAGGACGUUGUAUGAGGAAACGAAGGAGCAUGGAGGAAUGGACUCCUCAUUCCUGUUUCCCAGUGUUCUUUUAAAAAUACAGACUUUUUUUGUUGUGUAAAGUUAUAGACACUGCACAUUGCUGGGCAUCAAAUCAGUACAGAGUGACACUCAUUAUUACCCAGAUUGUCCUACCUUUGCACCCUAACCUCAAACCUUUGAUUGUCACCUGCAGAGCAAAGCUGACCCUGAUUCCACCUUUGAUGAAGACAACCUGGUCCAGACUGUUUAUGACCUUUUCUUGGCAGGGACAGAAACCACAACCACCACCAUACGCUGGGCAGUGCUUUAUAUGGUGGCUUACCCAGACGUCCAAGAGAAAGUCCAGAAGGAGCUGGACGCUGAGCUGGGUCCCUCCCAAUUAAUCCGCUACGAGGAUCGGAAGAACCUGCCCUACACCAAUGCCGUGAUUCAUGAGAUCCAGCGCUACAGCAACAUCGUUCCAGUCGGACUUCCUAGACAAUGUGUAAAAGACACAAUGCUGCAGGGCUUUCCCAUUGAGAAGGUACAGAGCCGUUCUCUAUCCUUCCAUCAGAGGGCCAAUGUACUAAGAAUCCAACUAAUCGGUGUGUCCACAUACACCGUGGACCUGAGUUUCUUUUGCUUUGCAGCUCCUCCACUUUCUUCCAAUACCUAAAGAAUAAAGCUGAUGGAUGAGGCCACUAGGAAAUAUCCCUGAUUUUAGGGAGUUCCUCAAACAUUACAGAAUCAGCAGAGAGCUUGGGGUGACCACUCUUGCAGCCUGCUGUGAUCUGGCUAUUCUCAGCUGCCAGUAUGUCCCUUAGGGGCCUUGGCAACAUUAUGCUCUGGGCAGAGCCAAGAAUAGGGGAAGCUCAAAGGUGACUUCAAGACCCCUUUAAUUCCCCCUCCUACAUCCUACCUGGUGUAUUUCUUGGCCAGAAAGAAGGGUUAGACCGUGUAUCUCUUC